AUGAACAUGAGGUUAAGAAGAUUCUCAUCGAUGCCUCCAAAUAUGCCACCUGGUCCAGGCGGUCCAGGAGGGAAAGGACCAGGUUCAGGAGAUGGUGGAUAUACCACAGAUGAAGAAGGAGCUUCAUUUGAUAGUGAUCGCAGAUUCUCAAAUUUUAUACUAUUUACAGGAGCAUUUGCACUUGUUAUGCUUUUUCUUGCUUCGAACGUGAUGCAUUUAAAAAAGGAAAGAGAAGCAAAAAAUUAGAAUCUUUAGACUUAAUAAAAAAGCAACAAGCCUUAGACAACCUAUACUGGAAAAGCAGACAUUGGAGGGCCAUGGGUAUUGUACAAUACAAAAGGAGAACCAGUUACCCACAAAGAUUUCUAGGGAAAAUAUUACCUGAUAUAUUUCGGCUUCACCUUUUGUCCAGAUGUUUGUCCAGUCUCUUUGAUGAAGAUGACCAAGGCAUUGAAUAGAGUGAAAGCAUCUAAAGAAUAUAAGUAUUUUGAUUUAGAGGCUAUAUUUGUGAGUGUUGACCCUGAUAGAGAUACUAAUGAAAGGAUAGAAGAAUAUGUUAAGAUUUUUGAUGACUCAUUGAUCGGGCUUACACAUAAACAAAAUAGUCAUCCAGAGCUUAAAGAAAUGCUCAAGAGAUUUAAGAUUCAUGUUAGUAAGAUCUAUCUAACAGAGGAAGAAGAAAAAGAAGAUUUAUAGACUCUUAAGGAAAAUGCUCCUGAAGUUCUAGAGAAAAUGCAAAAAUUGGAAAGCAAAAAGGAUGAGAAAUACACCUUAGAUCAUUCCAUCAUUGUUUACUUGAUUGGCCCUGAUAACCAGUUUUUAACAUAUCUUGGAUCAAAUCUUGAUGAAAAUGAUAUGACUGAUAUUAUCCUAGAUGAAAUAUCAGCAGAUCUUAAGAAGAAAGUUCUUAAUCCAAAUAAACAGUAAAUAUGA